GUGACAGCACUACACAAAUACGCCCAUGUUUAUUGUACAGAGAUAAGGAAAAGGAGAAUAACACGUCAAAAUAAUGGGGCUUUUUGGGAAAACUCAGGAGAAAAAUCCCAAAGAUCAGGUAAAUGAGUGGACUCAUAAACUACGAAAGGAGGGUUAUCAGUUGGAUCGACAGGUUAGAGCGAUUCAACGUGAGGAAGAAAAGGUGAAACGUUCGUUGAAAGACGCAGCUAAGAAAGGCGAUAAAGAUGUGUGUAAAGUUCUCGCGAAAGAGAUAAUCCGGGCUCGCAAAGCAUGCAACAAAAUUUAUACAUCAAAGGCUCACUUGAAUUCGGUAACUCUACAAAUGAAGAAUCAAUUAGCGACGAUACGAGUGGCCGGUUCAUUGUCAAAGUCAACAGAAGUUAUGCAAGCAAUGCAAUCACUGAUAAAAGUACCUGAGGUGGCAGCAACAAUGCGAGAGUUGUCCAAAGAAAUGAUGAAAGCUGGAAUAAUCGAGGAAAUGCUCGACGAAACUAUGGACUCGGUCGAGGAUUCGGAGGAGAUGGAGGAUGAGGCGGAUGAGGAAGUGGAUAAGAUUCUCUGGGAGUUGACGGCUGGACAACUCGGCACAGCCCCCGCUCUUGUAAUGGAAACACCAGGGACAUCAACUUCCAUCGAAGAAAAAUCCCAAGAAGUGGAAAACGAUAAAGAACUCGAAGAUAUGAGAACUAGAUUACAGAGUCUACGUGAAUAGUUUUUUUGGUUCCUCUAUCUUUGUUAAUUGCACUUCAACGUUGCUUCGUCCAUCAGCUUGACCAGUUUUUUUGUCAAUCAGUAUUCCAUGUUUCGCAGAGUAAUAAUUCACAUUUCGUCAAUAUUUUUCUUCUCCAUUGAGUUUUUCCUGAAGCUGGCUUCACAUUAAACUGAGAUGAAUAUAUUAUUCAGGCUUGCUUCGACAUUUAACUUCAAACUGCAGUGAAACAUUCACACUUUGGUUGUAAUGAGCUCGGGAGAAAAAAAGGAAAAUUGGGAAGAGAUUACAUUACAUCUAUUUUUAUAGAUGAUUGUAUUCGCGUAACAUACUAUUGAGUGCAAAUUGGCUUAAUACAAAUAAAUGUAAAUAACAAUAUUUAUUGGCUUUAUGGAAUAUAUUAUGGAGUGUCACAGUCAAAUGAUUUCGCACGUGGAGGACUACAAUUGGAUACGUUUUUUGAUAUUGCAAAUAAAUUUUUCUCGUGUGAAUUUGCAGUAACUGUAACACCCUGUGUAGUAUAAUCCGUAGUUUGUAAAAAGAAUAAAAACAAAUUGGUAAAAAAUUGGUUGAAUGACCCAUGCUUUAUAAUUUCAGCGAUCAAAUCGACACAGCUGUGAGUUUUUAUUGAAAUAAAAUUAUUAUUUUUGGAAAAGAAAAAUUAUGUAUAUUUUUAUACAUUGGUAUACAAACAUUCUAAAACAUUUCAAUUACAUUGGAACCGUUCCAAGCACGAAAAUGGUAGUUCUAUCAAGUUAUUAAGAUUAUGGAAUACUCUAUCUGUGCUCAUGUUGAACAAAAUUACGUU